AUGGCCCCCACAAAGAAUGACGACAACGCCUUCUGGUCCCGCGCUAACGACUCCCUCAUCCGUUAUAGCGGUGGUGGCUCCUUUGUGCGUCGCAUCAUCGAAAGGGCCAAUGGAGUCUACCUCUACGACGCAGACGGAAAGGCUAUCCUUGACUUCACCUCUGGCCAAAUGAGCUCUAUCCUCGGACAUUCAAAUCCAGAAAUCGUCAACAUCAUCCGCGAGCAAGUCGGCAGUUUAGAUCACUUGUUUUCGGGAAUGCUGUCUCACCCAGUUGUCGACCUCGCAUCUAAGCUGAGUAGCAUACUUCCUCCGGGUCUCGACAAGGUCCAACUGCUAUCAACUGGUGGUGAGAGCAAUGAAUGCGCUAUAAGGAUCGCGAAAAUGUACACCGGCAAAUUUGAGAUAGUCGGCUUGUCUAAUUCAUGGCAUGGAGUAACUUUUGCCGCCGCGUCUAUGACAUAUCAACCGACCCGUAAAGGCUACGGGCCAGCCGCCCCCGGGUCUUUCGCACUCCCCACGCCUAACGGUUACCGGAGCCCAUUCCGGAAUCCAGAUGGCACCUAUGACUGGAAGAAGGAGCUGGACUACGGCUUUUCUCUUAUUGACGCCCAGUCUGUUGGGUCUCUAGCGGCAGUAAUCGUGGAGCCCAUCCUGAGUAGUGGUGGUGUUCUAGUCCUACCACCGGGAUACCUCCGUCGUCUCAAAGAACACUGUGAAAUGCGUGGAAUGCUUCUCAUCGUCGACGAAGCCCAGACUGGCGUUGGGCGCACUGGGAAAAACUUUGCUUUCGAGUACGACGGCAUCGUACCUGAUAUCCUCACACUUUCAAAGACCCUCGGAGCCGGCCUUCCUCUUUCCGCCGUGGUCACCUCGAAGGAAAUAGAACAAGUCGUUCAUUCUAGAGGCUUCUCUUUCUGGAACUUACUCUUCAUUCCUCAUCCAGUCACGACCCAUGUUUCAGAUCCUCUUCCCGCCGCUGUUGGUCUUCGCGUGUUAGAGAUUCUCGAACGCGAUAAUUUAGCUGCGCGUGCAGAAGCCCUCGGCCGCCGAUUCCGCGCUUUUCUCCUUGGCCUUCAAGCUCAAUACGAGUGCAUAGGCGAGGUUCGCGGGUUAGGUCUGAUGCAAGGAAUGGAAAUUGUGCGCGAUCGUACAACCAAAGAACCUGAUGAGCACCUCGCAACUGCUCUCGCCGACCGCAUGCUUGAGCUGGGCUUGAGUGCAAACGUGCUUCGAAUUCCUGGGACUGGAAGCUCGUUCAGGAUGGCCCCGCCGUUGACUAUCACGCAAGAAGAGUUGGACAGCGGACUGGCCAUUAUCGCGGAAGCCUUCAGGACGACAAAAGGAGCUAACAAGGCGCUUGCGGUCCACAGGCACUGA